UGCUCACAAAGGCUGGCUGUUCCUUUGCAGCUCGGGCAGCGAGGCCAUCUGUGACACCUUCUGGCCUCUGUGCCCCCAGGGAACCCUGGCUGGCCUGACACAGAGGGGACUCCGCAGGACUUGGCAGAUGCUCAUAGGUCCUGCUCCCCACCCCACCCUCUGCCGAGGCCUCGGUCCUCCCAGAAGCCCCUCGAGAGUGGACCCAGCCUUCCAGGACACCAAAGGGUGCAGGAGAGGAGAAGGAGUUGGAAAAGUUAGCAAGGACCAGAUAUGGAGCAGGGAGGGCUGGGCCAAGAGUCACCUGGGCCGGCUGCAGAUCCUGGCCCAGGCGGAACCAGUGAUCAUCUAGCUGGUGGGGGAGGGGCCCAUGGGGUGGGGACCCUGGGGCAGCCCCUCUAGGGACUGACAAUGAGUCUUUCCCAGGAACCCCGGCAACAGAGGGGCCUACCAGUGAGGUCACAGAGCCCCGUGAUGCCCUCAGGGAAGACAGCCAGGAGGCUCUGAUGAAUUUUGACCAGAAAGCUGUGAAAUUCCUGGCAAAUUUUUACAUCAACGGAGGCAAACACUGGACCCAUGGGCCCCUGGGGCCGAUGCUGCCAGAGCCCAUCCAGCCCAAGCCAUCGGUGCUAUUGUUGGGCCUGGAGUCAGCGCUGGCCUGGAAUGAGACGUGGCCCCCAAGGAUGAAGAAGUGCCCAGCUGGCCUCAGGUUACAGAUGGGUGCCCCUAAGAAGUCCCUGCCCAUCUGCACUCAGACCCUGAGGGAGCUGCUGCUGGAGCAACGCCCCCCGAUCAGGACUGACCUGGACGUCCCCAGCCCUGCCAGGUACCAGCUGCCAAGCCCGUCUGUGCGAGAGUCCUCCCCACACCCCCACCACAGCAUUGGCCGAAAAUACCAGGGCCGAGAGGGCGGUGGGCGCAGGGCAUGGCAGACGGUGUGGUUCCAGAGUGAAAGCCCCUUCACACAGAAGGCCGACUUCAAUCAAGAGCAAAAGUGGCCCUCGCCAGCCGACUACCAGCCGCUCAGCCGGCCUGCUUUCCCCGCCUUCAGCUUCAGGGGCUGCCGCCCUGCCACCAAGACACCUGAAGGCCACACCCGCCCCGGGCUGCCUCAGGCCAGGGGGUUGGGUCUCCGGGCGCAGCCCCAGUGCCUGCUCCAGGCCUCUUUGCAGGCACCUGGCAAGAGGCACCCUGGCCCCAACACCUACAACACUCUUCCUGGGAGCCGCCUGCGGAGCCCACGCCCGCCGGCCUUCUCCAUGAGCCGCUCCCCGGUGUUCCCCGCCUGGCUCAGUGGCUCCCAAACCCCCGGCCCGGCUGCCUACCACAUGGAGGACUGCUACAACUCUCGCUUCCCCUCAGCACCUGGCGUGGUCAUCCAGGGUGUGCGCAGACCCAAGCGACACGACACCGGCCCCUUCUGCACGCUCUAGAGCCCGCUGGGCAGAGCCAGCUUGGCCCGGCCAACGAGCGGAACCCUGGCCUCUCCUGCGGCUUUCCCAGGCCUCCCCGGGGACCUCGGCGUCCCAGCCUGGCCUCUGACCCUCUGGGCACCCCUGGUGCACCCUGCUGGCUGGCCAACCCUUCUAUGGACUGUGGACAAGGUCAGCCUAGCCUGGAGCCCCCAUCUGCCCACGCCCCGCUAUACAGAGAUGCUGUGGGUUCUCCC